AUGUCCAGCGAAAGGCGAAUCAAAUCACUGAAAACGAGACAGAAGAGCCUCUUAUCAUCAUUCAACCUCAUCGCAACGUUCGUCGACAACUACGAUGAUGAAACCGAUGCUGUUGAGGUAUCUGUCCGUUUGGAGCAUCUUGUCACGAUCUGGAAUGACUUCAACACCGUACAAAGCGAUUUGGAAACGCUGGACGAGGCCGGCACCGAAAUUCAUCUGAAAACCCGCAUUGAAUUCGAAACUGUUUACUUCCGUGUAAAAGGAUUUCUGCUGUCGCUGCAUAAAGCUCCAUCAACUCCGGUUAACCCUGCGUCUCCAGCCAACCAUUCAAACCAGCAUUUCCCUACGGCAUCACACAUCCGUCUACCGGACAUCAAGCUGCCUGUCUUUUCGGGGAACAUCGAUCAUUGGCUCAAUUUCCACGAUCUCUUCGUCUCACUAGUUCAUUCGUCGCACGAACUCUCUAGUGUGCAGAAAUUUUAUUACCUUCGUUCGUCUUUGGCUGGGGAAGCAUUAAAACUAGUGCAGACAAUAGCAAUCAGCGCCAACAACUAUCUCGUAGCCUGGAAUUUGUUGUUGGAGCAUUACCAGAACACCAUAAGACUAAAGCAGUCGUACAUUGACUCGAUUUUUGAGUUUCCCACACUUAAGCGGGAAUCCGCUUCCGAGUUGCAUUCGCUGGUAGAGAAGUUCGAAGCUAAUGUGAAAAUUCUCAAACAACUCGGAGAGAAAACCGAAUACUGGGACAUCAUUCUCAUCAGAAUCUUGAGCAUUCGCCUUGAUCCCACAACAAGGAGAGACUGGGAGGACUGCGCUUCAACGAAGGAUGCCAUAAAAUUCAGCGAUCUAACAUCUUUCAUUCAACGUCAUGUCUCAGUACUUCAAUCGAUUGGACGAACCAGCGAUGUUUCCCAACCUCAACCUGUGAAAAGGCCACUUACGCGCCCUGUUUCUAGCCACGGAGCAAACACCAUGAACUCGAGAGAGUGUAUCCUGUGUUCGAAUCACCAUCCUCUAUAUUUGUGCGGAGUCUUCUCCAAACUAAGUAUCAACGACAAAGACAAAGAAGUUCGUCGUCAUCAGCUGUGCCGGAACUGUCUCCGCAAAGGCCACCGAGCAGAUGAUUGUCCCUCUUCCAGCACGUGUCGCAAGUACCAUGGUCACCACCACACUCAGCUCUGCUCCAAUUCUUCGUCCACAUUUCCUAGCGCCAAUGUUCCAGAAUCAACACAACCAAUGAAAAUUCGAGCACAAUCAACGGAUAAUAAACCGCCGAUGUCAAUGUCAGCAGCCAUCGUUGAAACGACUGUCAACGCUUCAUCAGGUCGUGGAGUGAAAAGCGUUGUUCUGGCAACAACGAUUGUAUUGGUGGUUGACGACAAUGGUAUUGGACACCAUGCCAGAGCACUUUUGGAUUCCGGCAGUGAGUGCUGCUUUGCAACAGAGUCAUUCAUACGGCGGCUCAAAAUCCAACGUCAGAAAAUUAAUCUCCCGAUCGCUGGAAUAGGACAUCGUUCGACACAUGCUCGCUUCAAAAUUGUUUCUACGGUGCGUUCUCUAGUAACCGAAUACUCUGCUCCGGUUGACUUCGUUAUCCUACCACGAGUGACUGUCGAUCUACCGUCUAAUUCAUUUGACGUUUCAUCUUGGAAAAUUCCUACCGGGAUCCAACUCGCGGACCCAUUGUUACACCAAACUGCUCCCAUCGACAUCAUAUUAGGUGCCGAACUAUUCUUUGACCUGUUCAAAGCCUCUGGCAGAAUUCAGCUUGAUUCCAAUGGUCCACUGUUCGUGAACUCCGUCUUUGGCUGGAUCGUUUCCGGAAGAAAAUCGACUGGCCAAUCAUCAGCUCCAGCAUCGGUUAAUAUUGCCACCGUCGUAGAUCUUCAUCAGCAAAUGGAAAAAUUCUGGACUGUCGAGGAAGAUAGCGGCUCUGCAAACUACUCGGUGGAAGAAGCAGCAUGUGAAGAACACUUUCAACGCAACGUAUGUAGAAAUUCAGAAGGACGCUAUAUAGUUCGUCUACCAGUCAGAAACGAUAUUCUCUCCAAGCUGGAAGACAAUCGUCGUACUGCUAUUCGCCGUUUUCGUCUUCUGGAAAACCGUCUGUGGCAUAAUGAAAAUCUCCGGAAACAAUACUGCGACUUUCUGGAAGAAUACCGUGCCCUCGGACAUAUGCAUCGAGUGUACGACCAUGAGACAGCACCAUCUCCGUCCUAUCAUCUUCCUCACCACUGCGUUGUUCGUGAUGACAGCUCUACAACAAAGUUACGCGUAGUCUUCGACGCGUCUUGUAAAACACCGUCCGGUCCCUCCCUAAACGACGCACUCAUGGUGGGUGCAGUCACCCAAGAGGACAUCAGGUCAAUCAUCAGGCGAUCCCGGAUCCGACCUAUAAUGAUAAUCGCUGACAUCAAACAGAUGUACCAACAGAUACUGGUGGACGAAAAGGAUAUUCCGCUUCAGAGAAUUGUGUGGCGAUUCUCCCCGGACGAUCCUCUCGAGACCUACGAAUUGAGGACGGUUACCUAUGGGACGGCUAGUGCUCCAUUUCUAGCGACACGUGUCCUUCAACAAUUGGCCGAAGACGAGCGGUACGAGUAUCCACAAGCUGCGACGGUCCUGAAAAGGGAUUUCUAUGUGGACGACUUGUUCUCAGGCGCGGAUUCCGUGCAAGAAGCAGACUUGCGCUUACCUCCGCUCGACGAACUCCGACGGAACCAUAAACGUAGCGCUUCUUACAGCCAAAUCGAAGGUAGCGCCAUUAAAGAAGCAAAGCAUACCACGACUCGAACUCUGCGGGGCACUGCUUGCGUCACAAUUGUACGAGAAAAUUACUGCGUCUCUUCAACUGUCAGCCGAAACAUUCUUUUGGGUCGAUUCGACGGUGGUACUCAGCUGGUUGAAUUCCACCCCAUCAACAUGGACAACUUUCGUGGCGAACCGUGUUUCAAAAAUUCAACUCGCCACGGUUGGAUGUCAUUUUCAUCAUGUGGCAGGACAACAGAACCCUUCAGACUGCAUCUCGCGUGGGACAACAGCAGAGCUGCUAUUCCUGAAUGA